ACUCUGCCAAAACGAGUUUGAUGCUCAGGCCACACCUCAAGAUGGUUAUCUUUGGACCCGGCGCUGCUUACGCCGCUUGCACCGCUGGCUGAGCCUGACCUGGAGUCCAAAAUGAACUGGGGCACCUUUUAUGCCGUGAUCAGCGGCGUAAACAGGCACUCAACUGGCAUCGGACGUGUUUGGCUCUCCGUCAUCUUCAUCUUCCGUAUCCUGGUCCUGGUUGUUGCUGCUGAAAGUGUUUGGGGAGAUGAAAAAUCUGGCUUCACCUGCAACACCCAGCAGCCUGGCUGCAACAGUGUCUGUUAUGACCAAUUCUUUCCCAUUUCGCACAUCCGUCUGUGGGCGCUCCAGCUCAUCCUGGUCUCCACCCCCGCCCUGCUGGUGGCCAUGCAUGUGGCCCACCGACGCCACAUCGAUAAGAAGCUCAUGAAGAAGGCAGGUCGCAGUAGCCCCAAGGAGCUGGAACGCAUCAAGAACCAGAAGUUUCAGAUCACCGGAGCGCUGUGGUGGACUUACAUGCUCAGUAUCAUCUUCAGAAUCAUCUUCGAGGUGGCUUUCCUCUACAUCUUCUACAUGAUCUACCCUGACUUUAAGAUGGUGCGGUUGGUGAAGUGUGACUCGUUUCCAUGCCCCAACACGGUGGACUGUUUUGUAUCCCGACCUACAGAAAAGACCAUUUUCACUGUGUUCAUGCUGGCUGUGUCUGGGGUAUGUGUGCUGCUUAACCUGGCAGAGGUGGUUUACCUCAUUGGCAGGGCCUGCAAACGCUGCUUUCAAAGCUCUGAGGAAGAGGCCAAAGGAGCGUGGAUAAGUCAAAGACUGUCUUCUUACAGGCAAAAUGAAAUCAAUCAGCUGAUAGCAGACCAUUCUCUCAAGUCAAAGUUCACUGUGACCAAAAAGAGCCCGACUGAGAAGGGUGAAAGGUGUUCUGCUUUCUGAAACUCUCGAACUCUUUAAACUAAUCAGCAGUAAUCACACAUGUCCACGGCACAUGUUGUUCUGUCACAUAGACUGUAUAUUUGAUCAGCAUACAUUUCUGUUUAUUUAUUUACCAUCCAACCGCCUACAGAUGCUUCUUGGGUUUUUUUUAGCUGCUGGCAAUACUCAUCUAAACUAUUUGGAGCCAGUUAUGAAGGUCACAGGACUGUACCAGGGUUUUUGCAUAUUGACUACAAACUUCCCAUUGUUAUUGGGGCCGUUAGUUUGACAAAGCUCCAGAAUUUUUUAGGCACAGUCUUUUAAGCUCAAAGAAAUUAUAACAUAGUGUUCCUGCAUUUGCUGUUUCUGAAUAAUUCAUUGGCUUGUUAGAAAAAUCCUGUGUAGUGGGUGGGUUGGUGUAUCAGUUAGAAAGCAUCUCUGCUGCGUGGUGGUUGUGUUAUAAGCUACAAUGUAGGAAAAUUCUUCCACACUUUCAGUGACAAAGCUCAUGCAAAGAUGCUGACAGCUGUCCAGAUAGAAAACAAUUUUACAUUAAAUUAGCUUUAUUAAAAAAGAAUGUAGUAUUUCUGGUAAACAAGGCAAAUGGGCAAAAUUACUGGUAUUGCAUUUUAUUAAAGACCAAAUGCUACUGUAGAGAAAAAAAUGCUGGAUGGAAAGGGGACUUUCUAUUUACAUAAAAACAUGUUUAUGUGGACCACAUUUCAUUCCAGUCUGGGUUUAAAGCUGGCUAUUUUAGAAAAGGGAAUUUAUAUGAGAAAAUGUCAGUAACAGCUCUUUAAUUCAACGACGCUAUGCUAAAAUUUUAUUAAACUGUCAGUUAUUUGAUGUUGCUCGGCUUCAAGCAGACAGCUGUAACUAUUCUAAAACGUACCACACUGCAAAGGAAAUAUUAAAGAUGGUGCUAGAAAACCAAAGCAAGGUUUAAACAUCAUUGGUUAAUAUUAUUCCAUUAGUUAUUUUAAUGAAUAAUUAUUUGAAAACUCAUUAAAAAUGAUUGAACUCGGCAAAGCACUAACACAAAGUGCAUUCUGAAUAGUGUGGUCUGAAAGGGGCACAGAUAAAAUGCACAACUGUGUGAGAUGAAUGACUCGCAAUAAGAUCUCUGAUUUUUAACUGAUGAUGUCCUAGAUUUACUAUAAAUAUUCUAUUUUUAUUCCUUCUUCACUUGACUACUGGGUCACUUUACGAAUAUUUCAAAUCCAAGUACUGUACAUAUAUCUUUAGUUGUGUAAAUAUUUGAAUUCAAAUGUAAAAACUACCUAAUUAAUUUAUUGUAGCGUUUGUUUGAGAAAAUACGUUUAAGCUGACCUCCGUUUUUAACACAGAUCCAUCACAGUGGCUCCUGCUUUUCUUCACUAUUUCAUGCAAAGUGUAAUAUUCUGUUUCUCUCUGGUCCUGAAAAUGUUAUUUACCUUACGAUGGUAUUUGUUUAUACAUCCGUUCUGUUAUUAAAGCUCCUGUGAGGAGUUUUUAACUGGUUAUGAAACAGACUGAAAUGAAUACUGAUACCUCUAUCUGACCUGACAAAGUAAACAAGACCAUCAAAAAGGAAUUUGACCAUUCCUUUAGAGUUAUUUUUAAUGUCCGAAAGCGCUGCUGAAGGAAAUGAAGUGCCACUUGGUCCACAGGGAGCGGCAAAAUCAACACAUACUAAAAGUUCCUCACAAGAGCUUUAAGUUAUUUGUUUUCAGAUGCACACAUACACCCCAGUGUUGAAAUGUCUGCCUAAGUGUACAUUUAUCACUUUAAAUCCAGAUAAACAAUCCAGUUAAUAUAUAACAUGGGUUGAAUCUACAUGUGUACAAUAUGUAAUAUAAAGAAAUAAACUGCCUGAUAAUUU